UUGUGUGCGUUAUCCAAUUGUGCCUUUUCAUUGCUGCUAUUAUUCCUGUGCAUUUCUCUACGCUAACGUGUGUGUGUGGACUAGUAACCUUGGUGGUACAAAGUGGUGGUUGAAUUUGUUUUACAGUUGUUUUUAUUUUAUGAUAAAUUCUUUUUAGUUCAGGGAUUAUUUUUUUGGUUAUUUACACACUGAAAGUAUUCAAGUUCCCAGUUAAAGUGAAACUUUCUUUUAAUCAAGUAUUCGGAAAUUUGAUUAGAUAAAACACAAUAAUUACAAGAACUAUUUACGAGUGUGUCAAAAGUUUACAAUAAAAAAAAAGUCAUACGGAAGUUUGACGUGUGUGAAGAAGUAUUUCGGAAUGUUCAAAGUGGAUGUGUUUUUCACUGGGAUUUACUAAACCAUGAGCUGGGGUAGCGCGGACAGGUUUGACUGGCGUCCCGAGUCAGCAGCAGGCCGUACAUGGCAGUGAUCCCUGCCGCUUGCCCCACCAGCCCAGCGCCCUAGUGUCCGGCGGCGGCGACAAAUGGAUGACACCGAUGAGGUGUUUGAAACCCAUCACGAUGUCUUGCAGGAUUUGUGGUCAUCGCCCUUUAUGAACCACCGCUCGCCGUUCGAGGAUUAUAAAGAUUUGUAUGAGGAUUACGAUAAGAAGACGCGAAUCCCUGUGUUAAAACAACAGAGAAUUGAUUCCUAUACAGCGCCCUCCAGGAGCAGUGGUAGUUCCAGCCAUGAGGAGCCAGACUUUGACUUCCUCAAACCAACGUCAGGGAAAACUGUCCAAAGAAAACCCAGUUCAGCUUCCAGCUCUUCGGUGCCAAGACGAACCUCUUCCACAACAGUUGAGCCAAAAAGGAAAAGAUCUGCUUCAGCUGGGGGGUCGGGUGCUGUGGAUGAAGAACAUUUCAUCAAGUCAUUUGAGGAUGUCGCCUCAGCUAAGAUUUUCUCCUCGAGAGAUGUCCAAGAACAGAUGAUGAAGAUCAAGGACACUUUAGCAGAUCCCAACAUCACAUGGGAGAAAAGAAUAGACAAUAUAAAAAUGCUACGUUCCUUAUUAUUAGCUGGAGCUGCAGAUUACGAUGAUUUUUUCCAGUCAUUACGUACAUUAGAAUCUGCAUUUAUACUUGUUGUAAAGGACCUACGAUCACAGGUUGUUAGGGAAGGAUGCAUAACAAUAGCGUACCUGUCCCAGCAACUUGGCACCAAGUUUGACCACUUUGCAGAGUCUGUGCUGCCCUCUCUUAUAAACCUCAUUCCCAACAGUGCCAAAGUCAUGUCUACUUCAGGUGUUGUGUGUAUACGAUUUAUCAUGCAGUUUGUUCACACCAACCGCCUCAUUCCUAUCAUCACAAGCAAUCUGACAUCCAAGUCAAAUGUCAUCAGACGCUCCUCAUUAGAGUUUGUCAACCAGAUUCUUCACUCCUGGCCAACACAUUGCCUGGAGAAACAUAUAGCUCUACUGCAGGAUGUCAUUAAAAAGGGGAUUAAUGAUGCUGACUCUGAAGCCAGGGCACACUCUAGAAAAGCAUUCUGGGGGUUUGCUGACCACUUCAAGUCUCAAGCAGACGCCCUUCUUCUCUCCCUGGACCCUUCUAAACAAAAGAUGUUACAAGGUGAGGUCAGCAAUUCAUCCUCCAGCUCUAGUCUCAAUGGAGAUGUCCGGCCAAGGUCUAGGUCACGUGCAGCCAGUGAGGAGCGGUCUGCAUAUGGUCCAAGCCAAGGUACAGCCUCCUAUAAAAAGGUGACUCAAAGAAUCAGCUCUUCCAAAAGUGAUGCUGGGGAUGCAGAUUUGGAUAGUGACCUUGACCCCAUGGCUCGGAGAGAUGUAGGCUAUACACCUCGCAGCCGCACAUACUCUGGCACCAGCAAUGGCAGCACAUCCAGCAAUUACUACAACAACCAGCACUACAACACCAUAGGGCAUAAUAGGCACCGGACCAACACAGGGCCCAAGCAGACUGAUGUAGAGGCCGGGGGUCUCCUGCGCUCCUCCAGUGCCACGGAUGUCAACUGUUUGCGCACCCCCAAGCCCCGAGCCACCCUGCUGACCGCGGCUCGCAUUGCUAAAGGAUCCACCAACUCACUGCCACGCCAAAAAUCUAGUACGUCUUCUGUUAGCUCAGCUUAUGACCUCCUGACCCCAGAGCGCAGUACUAAACCUCGGAUAGGUGUAUCACAAUCCCAGCCCAAUAGCAGAUCAAACUCCCCCUCCUCUACUAGGCGACAGCUAGUGUAUGCCAAACAAACCCCUGCCCGUGUUGAUACGGGACUGGGUCCAAAGCGCACACGGAUACCUGGGUCUCACAGUCAAGGUACUAGCAGAGAGGCUAGUCCAGCCAGAAGCUUUAAAACAGGUCAAGAACGAAGAUUAAGUGGCAGCAGCAAAGUCAGCAGUGGUCGCAAAACUCCAGUGUUAUCACAACGGGUACUGCGCCAUGGCUCUGAUGUGGAGGAUGCUUUACAAGAUGCCUUGUCCAAAGGGCCACAACAAAGACGCUUUGAUCAGUACGACUCUGAUGACGCAGCCAGUGAAACAUCAAGCGUCUGCUCAGAGAGAUCCCACAGCUCCUAUGGUGGGCGCACGUCUGAGUCAAGGGGAAGAACCAGGUCAUUUUCUUCAGGAUAUGGCGUUACAGAGGACAUGCACUCCAUCAUAGCACAGCUGGGCAGCUCUUCACAUUUAGACAGGAAAGAUGGGCUGUUGUCCUUACAGCAUUUACUGCGCAGCAACCGCUGUCUUAGCCGGGUGGAACUUAAGAAAGUCUCAGAGAUGUUUACAAGAAUGUUUCAUGACCCACACAGUAAAUUCACCUUCCCUUGUCCCCAGGUGUUCUCCGUGUUCCUGGACACCCUGAUAGAGCUGGUCUACCUGCAGAGUGCCGAGCUGGGGGACUGGCUCCACAUCCUCCUCCCACGUCUGCUCACCAAGGCAGGGGGGGAGAUGCUGGGCUCAGUGGCCAACAAGGUCCUCAAAGCUUUGGAUGUCAUCAGAGAUUGCUUCCCCUUUGAUCAUCAGUUUAAUACAUUAUCCAAGUUCAUUGUUGAUCAAGCACAAGGACCAAAUUUAAAGGUGAGGGUGUCAGUGUUGAACUACCUACACAGCCUCAUCAUCAGCAUGGACCCUUCAGAUUUCAUCAACAGCAUGGACGCCAGACUGGCCGUCUCAAAGGUUAUAAGCUGGACCAUAGAGCCUAGGAGCCCUGAUGUCAGGAAGGCGUCCCAGUCGGUAUUGAUAGCCUUGUUUAAUCUAAACCCAGCAGAGUUCUCACUCCUGCUGUCUGAACUACCUAAAACAUUCCAGGAUGGGGCAACAAGGAUACUGCACAGUCACAUUAGAUCUGCUAAUGAAGGAACAGCUGAUGUUUUAUCUCCACGUAAUGUAGCUAGUCCACCUGGACCAAAUAGAUCACGACCUCCUUCACGAACUAGUCACGGGCACCCAGAAGAUUUUGAAACAGAAAAUCUGAACCCUGAAGAUAUCUUUAACUCCAUAAAGAAGACCUCAGCAGACAUCCAGAGCCUGAGCAUCAGCAGCAAGCUGGAGCCUUACGAUGAUGUCAAGAAGAAACAUGACUUCACCUCGCAGGACUCCGGCAUCCAGGACCUGCGCAUGGACAGUCCAGAUGGGCUGGACCACAAGAGGGCUUUCUUUAACUAUUCUCAUAAAUCUGGUGGUAGCCUAGGCAACGCCAGCAGCACUCUGGCUGGUGGUCUGUACACCAAGAAUGAGUCGGACAUGUCGGGAGAGGAAGUGAGCAAGAUUCUCUGUGAUGUGCUGGAAGAGCUCUCAAACCACAACGAGAGAGUUGAAGAAAGGAAAAAUGCUAUGCAGUGUUUCCAGAGUCUGGUGGACAAAGGUGCCGUGUCGCAGGAGAUUCUAGAGGAACAUUUCAAGUCUCUGCUCUUGAUAUUGUUGGAGACUCUGGGGGACACCAAUGGAGAUGUCAAAGUGCUGGCACUGAAAUGUCUUCAGAAAAUGUUGCAGCAUUUCCCCAAGCAGUUUGAGAACUUUGCUGAGCUGACCAUUCUGAAAGUUCUGGAGCUCCACAAGGAUGACACCUACCGUGAUCCAUAUGAAAGAAAAAGUAAUAGGCACUGUGUACCCUAUGCUGCAUCUGAAGUAGAAGACACAUUGGUGCAGGCUUUACCUCCUGAGCAGAACUUCCGCAUCUUGACGCCAAUCAUCCAGACCAUGGAAUACCACAUGGCAUGUGGCGCCAUACAGAUGAUGACUAAAGUUGUAGAGAAAAUGCCUAAAGAUGUUUUAGAGGCUUCAUUGCCUAACUUGAUACCUGGAUUGUUUAAGAACUUUGAACACAAAGAGUCCCCUGUAAGAAAGGCCAGCUGCUUCUGUCUAGUGGCCAUCUACCUACGUGUGGAGGAGGCCAUGAGGCCAUUCAUGGAAACUUUAAAUAGCCACAGAAUGAAGCUUUUAAACCUGUACAUCAGAAAACGCAAGCAAGAAGAUGAUAAAUAGCAUUUGACCCUGAUUAGGAUUUUAAACUAUUGAGUGAGUGACUUUUAACACAACUGUAGAAACCAUUAGCCAACAACUCCGUGACUGUCUGGUGUAGUGCACAGCGUGUGGGACUACGAGCCUGAUGCCCAGGUUCCAACCCCAGAAUGUUCUGCAAGUGAUGCCCCAGUGUGAAUGCCCCAAAAUUUAAAAAUGACAUUUUUUGCAUUUAUUUAAAAGAGAGUUCAACUGGACAUCUUCACCUCAUUUUUCUACGCCAAAGGUUUCUUCCGUGUUACUUGCAGACUAUUUCUCAUGUGAUUAGCUGAAGUUGAUCUGAUUUUAAAAAAUUUAAUAUUUUACUGACUUAAAAUAAUAGUAUGGAUGGUGUUAAAAGAAUUAGGGCGCUUGGUGGCUGUUACCACAACUUAGGUUUAGGGCUCAAGUAAUUGACACGUAACAUAUUUAUGGCCCUGAUGUUAUAGAUUUAGGGCUUGAAUAGUGUUGUAACUAUAUAGAUUGAGGUCUUGAUGGUAUUUAUAGACGGUAGAUUUAGGGCUCUAAAUGAUAUUGAUUUAAAGCCCUGAGUAGUAAUGGCACAAGUUGUCACUGGUAUGGUUAAGAUAGAUGGCUCCAUUCCCACCCACUGUUUGAGAUCUUGUCUUAGAAUGAUCAUUAAUUCUGUAGAUUCCAACUUUUUUAGCCACUGAUGUUUAUCUAAAUCGACUAAUGUUUACCUUGAACAAAUUGUAUCCGAUGUUCUUCUGACGUUUAACUUGGUAAUAAAAUUGUUCGUGUUGUAAUAGUGUGUGCUACCUGAAUCAUGAACUCUAAUCACUGCAUACGUGCUUUUUUUUUUAACCUGGAUGAACAGCUUGUGUCUCAGCAUAGGUGUAUCUAUAAAAAUAAAAAAUGAUGUGCUUUGUAAGUUUUUCAAGUGUACUUAUAACUUGAAUUUUUUUUUUUUAAAUACAUUUUUUAAAAUGUUAGCUGAAGAAAAAUUUUGUUCUAGUCUUGAGUUUAGUUAGUGAUGUAGUGCAGCCUGACAUGGUUUAACUCCAUGCUUGGGUGGCUCUGUGUAGGGGCAUUAUGUUUCUAUUGUAGCAUGUGCCCACUUGAUGUAUGUAAACACCCCUCAGCCCAAUCACCACUGUACGAAGCCUCCACCCAGUCUAUGUUAUGAGAGAAUGUUGUUUUUAAUUUAUGCUAGCUGCCAGUGCCUAAUGUUUAUACACUGUGUUUGUAGGCAAUAUUUAUUUCCUCAUCCUUUUAUAUAAUAAUGUAAAUUUUUAGCAAUGUACAAAAUCUUUAUCAUUUCGUGGUGUUGACGGAGUUGUAUUUUUUUUUUACACUUUCUAUCAAAGGUAAAUGAAAUAAAUCAGAUGUCUUAUGGUUUAUAAAUAUGAAUACUUGAGUUUUUCAUUAAUUGGAGAGGAGUUGUCUCUUUCUCUCUCUGCAAGCAGUAGAGUGAUCUACCCUAUUUUAUUGAGUUAUCGACCUUUCAUGCCCUACCACAAGAUGCUGCACCCAGCAGUUUCUAAACUUUUUGUCAUCCCUUUCAUAAAAAAAUAAAAAUUUGGCCCCUACAGAUUCUUAACCCUAUGCUUUUUUUUACCCACAUAUAACCUUAACCCUUUACUGAUCUUUACUUGGGCUAACAAUUUCAAAACUAUGAAAAUAGUAUGUUUUUUUAAAUGAUUUACCUACUGAUAUAUGUAUAUUUUUAUUUAUGAAUUGUACAUUUUUGUGGAACUUGAUUGCCUCCCCUAGAUCUAGUCCGCGCCUCUUUGUUUGGAAACCGCUGUCUUAAAAGGGGAAGUAAUACAGAAAUUAAGGAUUUUUUUUAUACCUCGGAGUGUGCUCCCUUGAAUAAAAUAUUUUUUUUAAAAACAAUUAGGACUAUAAUAAUUAGUAUAAUAUGUACACUUAUAAUUUAUAUUAAGACUAUAUUGGCAUUGACAUUUUAUAAUAGUAACAAGCGACACCUUACACCUGCUUAGUAGUAUACUUGGUGCUAGAACAUUCUAUUUAGAUAACUCACCUACAAGACUAGAGUGAGGUAUAGAGGAGCCGGUUGUGUGUGUUGCUGCUCUACAAUAAUUGCUUUAGCUGGCAAGUGGUUGCUGUUUAUCUGGUCGCUGUGAAUUUCAGUUUGUUGAUUCAUGGCGCCAUUAAAAUAUUUCUUUCUCUUCAAAACUCCAUAGCUUUCUAAAUCUGCCUCAUGUGUUUCUGGCUGACUGUUGUACAAACUGUUUCAUGUAAGUGAUAGCUGCAUUGAUGGUUAGCUCCACCCACUGGGGGAGAGAACUCCACCCACUGGGGGGAGGUAACUCCAACCAAAGGGAGAGAAUCAAGCCAUUGAUGAUGCCUGGUAUUUGAUCUGUGUAUAAACUAAACUGGACACCAUGAUCACACGACUUGUCAUAUCAUUUUUAUCCCUCUAUUUGCAUGAACAUUAUUGUAAAUAAUAAAAUAACAAGUAACUUAUAAAAAUAA